GUUGGUAUGCGUCUGGCAGUUCAUCCAUCGGGAUGUUUUUCGUGUUUUCGUUCGUAGUUGCUUGAUGUUUUGUCCUGAAAUUGAUUAAUUUUCGAGUGAAAUCUGUGUUUGAAUCGGUGCGAAAUAUCCCUUAUCGGUGAAUAUCUCCUAUUGAUGGCUGAAAUUUAUGGGAUCCGGAAGAAUAAUGCCUUGGCAGGGCAGAUCCUUUAACGGUGCAAAUGGAAUGAAAAAGUGGUAGCUCCCGAUGGCAUGGUGCCGAUAGUGUGUUGGAAGUGCUGGAAUAAAAAAAAAUAUUGCGUUACUGUGACUGGAACCGAAGCGGUUUUACCUGUUUGAUUAUGCGUGGGUGGUAGAAAGCCAUUAGCAUCCGUCAGAAGGGGCCAGUGCGCGAGGGGGCCUGCCGUCAUUUUGGAUUUAGAGUGAUACAUCGCACCGAUAUCGAGCGCCAGCGCCAGCCAGUCAACGGGAUUUUGGAGCAAAGCUGGGAGAUAGAUCGAAACGUCUUUCGCAGCUAGCUAGCUUUGCGCCCAUAUGUCGCAGCACGAAACGUUGCCACUGAUGCCGCUAUGUGUGUUUAGCGUGUGCCUGCUCCCUGCCUGACAGACACUGCGCUGAGUAAAUAAUCAUAACGAGAUUCCUGGCUUCUCACGUUGAAUCUCAAAUACUGCUCACCGGAGGCAACAUAUCAGUCCUCUCAAACUCAGCGAAGGAAAAUAGAUACAGCUUCAACGUGACAGGGGCCUUCGCGUGUGAGAUAAGAAAAUAUUCUAUCGGGGGAAAAAAUAGCACCCACGACAACCUAAACAUACAAACAUACAUAAAAGCACACACACUCGAGUAAGAAAGGCGGCGCUAACAAAAGCAAACUCUCACAGCCGGCCGCGGCAAAGCACACCGAGCGAGCAAGAGUCGAAGCAAUAAAAUAAUUAGCGCGCGGGGGAAUUGAGACAUGGGGCUGCAGGCGGCCUCGUGCGCCGCGUUCCUGACAGCCAUUGCUAGCUUCCUGCUCCUAGCGCGGAUACCGCAAUGUGCACUAGCGUCACAUCCACCGGAAAUCAUUCGCAAGCCGUCAAACCAGGGCGUCCGCGUUGGCGGGGUAGCAACGUUUUUCUGCGGCGCCAGAGGUGAUCCACAGCCGAACAUAGUCUGGAGGAAAAAUGGAAAGAAAAUUAUGGGUACUCAAUCACGCUACUCGGUCAUCGAAUCUAAUGGAGUUUCGAUGCUGCGAAUCGAGCCGGUACGUGCCGGUCGCGAUGAUGCUCCGUACGAAUGUAUGGCAGAGAACGGCGUCGGAGAUGCGGUAUCCGCCGAAGCAACACUGACCGUGUAUGAACCGGACAAAACGCCAGCGGGUUUCCCCGUCAUCACCCAGAGUCCGACGACGCGCGUAAUUGAAAUUGGCCACACGGCCGUGAUGCAGUGCAAAGCAACCGGAACGCCGCUGCCGAAGAUCUACUGGAUCAAGGACAUGAAACGUGUCGACAUGACCAAUCCGCGCUACAGCAUCAACAGCGAAGGAAGCCUCCAGAUAGACAACAGCGAAGAAAGUGACAUGGGACGAUACGAGUGCGUAGCGGAAAACUCUGUCGGCACGGAACACACCAAGCAAACAAACCUCUAUGUGAAAGUUAGACGUGUGCCUCCCACUUUUUCGCGGCCACCGGAGCCCAUCUACGAGGUGAUGUUGGGUGGCAACCUGACGUUAACCUGCGUAGCCGUGGGCUCUCCGAUGCCUCUCGUCAAAUGGCGGCAAGGAAUUGAUCAGGAUCUUACACCGGAGACUGACGUCCCGGUGGGGCGCAACGUCCUGGAGCUGAGUAACAUCAGACACAGUGCCAAUUAUACUUGUAUCGCAUCGUCAACCCUUGGGGUUAUCGAUGCCACCACCCUGGUGAAGGUGCAAUCCCUUCCCGCAGCGCCAACCGACGUGACGAUAUCGGAAGUCACCGCAACGCAAGUUCGCCUAGAGUGGUCGUACAAGGGACCGGAAGAUCUCCAAUACUACGUAAUCCAGUACAAACCGAAGAAUGCCAAUCAGGCGUUCAGCGAAAUCAGUGGCAUCAUUACAAUGUUCUACGUGGUGCGGACGCUGAGUCCAUACACGGAGUACGAGUUUUAUGUUAUUGCUGUGAACAAUAUCGGUAGAGGGCCGCCCUCGUCGCCAGCCACGUGCACUACCGGAGAGACAGAGAUGGAAAGUGCACCGAGGAACAUUCAAGUGCGCCCGUUAAGUUCAUCGACAAUGGUUAUCACUUGGGAGCCACCUGAGACGCCUAAUGGACAAGUGACUGGCUACAAAGUGUACUACACCACAAACCCCGGCCAACCGGAAGCAUCCUGGGAAUCGCAGAUGGUGGACAACAGCGAGCUAACGACCAUCUCCGAGUUAGCGCCGCACGCAAUCUACACCAUCCGGGUGCAGGCGUUCACGUCCAUGGGGGCCGGUCCGAUGUCCAACCCGGUACAGGUCAAAACCCAGCAAGGCGUUCCCUCCCAACCGAGCAACUUCCGAGCUACCGAUAUUGGCGAAACAGCUGUCACUCUCCAGUGGUCCCGACCGACCCACUCCGGCGAGAACAUCGUACACUACGAGCUGUACUGGAAUGACACCUAUGCAAACGAGCAGCAUCAUCAGCGAAUCCCCAACACGGAAACGUACACGCUAAGUAGUCUGUACCCGGACACGCUUUACUACUUCUGGCUGGCGGCUCGGUCACAGCGCGGUGAGGGAGCCACCACUCCGCCGAUUCCCGUUCGAACGAAGCAAUACGUACCUGGUGCACCACCACGUAAUAUAACAGUUGAAGCCACCAGUCCGACGACGAUCAACGUUUCCUGGCUGCCCCCGCCAGUGGAGCGUUCGAACGGUGCCAUCGUGUACUAUAAAGUGUUUUUCGUCGAGGACGGCCGCUCCGACGGGGAUGCCACCGUGACCACCCUCAACUCCACCAGCAUCAUGCUGGACGAGCUGAAACGCUGGACCGAUUACAAGAUCUGGGUGCUGGCCGGGACAAGCGUGGGCGAUGGGCCCCGGUCCUACCCGGUCACUGUUAGAACCCACGAAGACGUGCCCGGAGAGCCCCAGGACGUUGCGACGGUUCCGAUCAAUUCCACCACCAUCAAGGUCACCUGGAAGCCACCGAAAGAAAAGAACCGGAACGGUAUCAUCAGGGGGUACCACAUCCACGUUCAGGAAAUGCGCGAAGAGGGCCGAGGUCUGCUGAACGAACCGAUGAAGUUCGACGUAGUAGAUGCGAUGGAAUACAACGUCACCGCCCUUCAGCCGGACACUAAAUAUUCCGUCCAGGUGGCAGCUUUGACGCGGAAAGGUGAUGGUGACCGAAGUACGCCAAUUACGGUCAAAACUCCGGGUGGCGUUCCCAUUAGGCCCACCGUCAACUUGAAGGUUUUAGAACGUGAUCCAACGAUUUCCAUCGAACUGGAGUGGGAACGACCGAAACAAACCUAUGGAGAACUGCGGGGUUUCCGAGUCAAGUGGGGUGUCCGAGAGCAUCCAUUGCAAGAAGAACCUAUUCUAAACGAAAGCACUCUAACCAAACGGAUCAAUGACCUGGAGCGGGGAGUAGAGUAUGAAUUCAGGGUAGCCGGAAUGAAUCAUAUUGGUAUUGGUCAAGAAACGAUCAAGUAUUAUCAGACACCGGAAGGAACACCAACUGGGCCGCCGACGAGUAUCGACGUUCGAUUCCAGACACCAGAUGUGGUAUGUAUCACUUGGGAUUCACCAACAAGAGAGCACAGAAACGGUCAAAUCACUCGGUAUGACGUGCAGUUCCAUAAGAAGAUCGAUCACGGGUUGGGUACUGAAAGAAAUACAACGAUACGGAAAGCAGUCUUUACGAAUCUAGAAGAGAAUACCGAAUAUAUUGUGAGGAUCAGAGCGUAUACCAAACAAGGUGCUGGGCCAUAUAGCGAAAAGAAAAUCAUUUUCACUGAACGCGAUAUGGGUCGAGCUCCGCUAUCAGUACAAGCAGUUGCCACUUCCGAACAGACGGUUGAAGUUUGGUGGGAACCGGUGCCAUCUCGUGGUAAACUUUUAGGUUACAAAAUCUUUUAUACGAUGACUGCUGUCGAGGACCUCGAUGAAUGGCAAACAAAAGACGUUGGAGUUACAGAAUCGGUUGACCUCCUAAACCUGGAAAAGUUUGCUCAAUAUGCUAUAGCAAUUGCGGCGAGAUAUAAAACCGGACCUGGACGACUCAGCGAAAAGGUCACCGUAAAAGUGAAACCCGAAGACGUUCCUCUAAACCUUAGAGCUCACGACGUCAGCACACAUUCCAUGACCCUGAAUUGGGCUCCGCCAAUUCGGUUGAAUCCCACAAAUUACAAAAUCUCCUUCGAUGCCGUUAAAGAAUUCGUCGACUCUCAAGGUAUCCCACAAAAGCAGGUCCUACCAAAGCGAGAAAUCGUUCUGAAGAGCCACAGCGUCCAGCACACCAUCUCAGACCUGUCUCCGUUCACUACUUAUUUCGUAAAUGUUAGUGCGAUACCAACAGAUUAUUCUUACAAACCACCAACUAAAAUUACAGUCACAACACAAAUGGCAGCUCCACAACCAAUGGUUCAACCUGACUUUUAUGGAGUAGUGAAUGGUGAAGAAAUUCAAGUAAUUCUACCACAAGCGUCUGAAGAAUACGGACCAAUAUCGCAUUACUACUUGAUCGUUGUUCCAGAAGACAAGUCCAACCUGCACAAACACCCAGACCAAUUUCUUACCGAAGAUUUACUCCCAAGCAAGACACGUUCUGAACGACUGAAUGCGCCAUACAUUGCAGCAAUGUUCCUCCAAAGAAACAUUCCUUACACGUUCCACUUGGGAUCCGGCGAAACAAGCCACAACUUCACCAACAAAAAGCUUGAAAGAGGCAAACGAUAUCGCAUAUUUGUGCGAGCCGUUGUGGAUACCCCCCAGAAACAUCUCUACACCUCGAGUCCAUUCUCCGAGUUCCUCGCUCUGGACAUGAAGGAAGCUCCAACUGGAGAACCACCUCACAGACCGAAUCCAAAUGUACCCCAAGAUCCAGAAAUUCUCAUCAGAGGGAAAAACGAAGAACCGGGUAUGAUUUGGGUGGUUGGGCCGAUAAUCGCUGCCCUCGUGCUGUCGUUCCUUCUAGUAAUCACUUACUUUGUUCGACGAAGACGACAACCCUACAAAACUCCAGAUCAAGCUGCAGUAACUCGACCAUUGAUGGCUGCUGACUUGGGAGCUGGACCGGCUCCUACCGAUCCGGUCGACAUGCGACGGCUCAACUUCCAAACUCCUGGAAUGAUCAGCCAUCCCCCUAUACCGAUCUCAGAGCUGGCCAACCACGUGGAACGCUUAAAAUCCAACGAUAAUCUCAAAUUCUCACAAGAAUACGAAAGCAUUGAACCGGGACAACAGUUUACCUGGGAUCACUCAAACAUGGAAGUUAACAAACCCAAAAACCGCUACGCAAAUGUUACUUCAUAUGAUCACAGUAGAGUGAUUUUACAACCGAUCGAAGGUGUUCCGGGGUCGGACUAUAUCAAUGCCAACUACUGCGAUGGCUACCGAAAGCACAACGCCUACGUGGCUACACAAGGACCGCUACAAGAGACCUUCGGCGAUUUCUGGCGCAUGUGUUGGGAGCUGAAAUCGUCGACUAUCGUUAUGAUGACUCGGCUGGAGGAACGAUCACGCAUCAAAUGUGACAUGUACUGGCCAGCACGAGGUACUGAAGUCUACGGCGUCAUGACGGUGACAAUCACAGAAACUCAGGAAUUAGCUACUUACAGCAUAAGGACGUUCCAGAUUUGCCGCAGCGGAAGCAACGAGCGACGUGAAAUCAAACAGCUCCAAUUCACUGCAUGGCCAGAUCAUGGUGUACCGGACCACCCUGCCCCAUUCUUGCAAUUCUUAAAACGCACCAAGGUUCUUACUCCACCUGAUUCCGGACCCAUUAUUGUACAUUGCUCGGCAGGUGUCGGAAGAACCGGGUGCUAUAUUGUGAUUGAUUCGAUGCUCGAACGCAUGCGGCAUGAGAAAAUGAUCGACAUUUACGGCCACGUGACCUGUUUGCGAGCACAGCGCAAUUACAUGGUUCAAACCGAAGAUCAGUACAUCUUCAUUCAUGACGCUUUGCUGGAAGCGGUUAUCUGUGGCAGCACGGAAGUCCCGGCCAGAAGCCUGCACAACCACAUACAGAAACUGAUGCAAACCGAGCCAGGGGAGAACAUCACAGGGAUGGAAAUGGAAUUCAAGAAGCUAUCGAAUAUAAAGGCCGAUUCGUCUCGCUUCGUGACGGCUAACUUGCCCUGCAAUAAGCACAAGAACCGAUUGGUUCACAUACUGCCAUAUGAAGCGUCACGCGUCUGUCUAACACCAAUACGGGGCGUGGAAGGUAGCGACUACAUCAAUGCCAGUUUUGUCGAUGGCUAUCGCUACCGUAACGCGUACAUUGCUGCACAAGGACCACUUCAGGAAACAGCAGAGGACUUUUGGCGAAUGUUGUGGGAGCACAACUCUACCAUCGUCGUAAUGUUAACGAAGCUCAAAGAAAUGGGACGGGAGAAAUGUUUCCAAUAUUGGCCUCACGAGCGGUCGGUGCGGUAUCAGUGCUACGUGGUUGAUCCCAUUGCCGAGUACAACAUGCCCCAGUACAAACUUCGCGAGUUCAAAGUGACCGAUGCGCGGGAUGGGUCUUCGCGCACGGUACGACAGUUCCAGUUCAUUGACUGGCCCGAGCAAGGAGUGCCAAAGUCGGGCGAGGGCUUCAUCGACUUCAUCGGUCAGGUGCACAAAACGAAGGAGCAAUUCGGCCAGGAUGGCCCCAUAACGGUUCACUGCAGUGCCGGAGUCGGACGAACCGGUGUGUUCAUUUCGCUUAGCAUAGUGCUCGAGCGAAUGCAAUACGAGGGUGUGCUGGAUGUGUUCCAGACGGUGAGGAUACUGCGUUCGCAACGGCCAGCGAUGGUGCAGACGGAGGAUCAAUAUCAAUUCUGCUACCGAGCAGCUCUGGAAUACCUGGGCUCAUUUGACCACUAUGCCAACUAAAUAAAUUCAAAAGCAACCCACAGGAGACAACGUAAAACAAUGAUAGCACACACUUCAAUUACCCAAAUAUGUGAGAAAAUGGAACAAUCGCCAGUAGAACAGUGACACGUACCAGAAUAAGUGAGAACUUCAUUCCAGUAGCAGAAUAAAUCAAAUCAUCAUCCCGCACUCGCCAUCUUCGCCAUGCUGCAUCAUCCUCAUCGCCAUCGACUGAUUCUGACUGGUUUAAUUAAUUAGUGUGUUAUCAUCAUGUUUAGCAAACAAUUACUCGCACCAUCAUGAACCAAUCAGAGCGAAGAAAAUUACCGGCUAUAGAUGCCCGAACAGCUCUCUCUCUCUAGUAUAGAUUUUCGUUUUGUAUUCGCAAUCAAUACAAACUCAGAUUACUUUCGCAUUGUCACCGCAUUCACACUCUAGAAUAUAAAGCCAGCAUCAAAUAGGCGAAAGCAUUUUUCAUUCCUAGACGACACGUUUUGUCACAAUGAACACUUUUCGAUGGAACUCUCUUCCUUCAAUAAGAAAAGGAUUUUUAAUCAUACGAAACGAAAUUUUGUCGUUUGACGAUCCAGAACAAAAACAACAUUUCACUAGCUAGAAUGAAAUCUUAUAGAGAAAAAAAUAACGAAUUAAUUGAAUAUCAAAAAUAUAGCAUCAGGUUUUUAGAUAAAUUUCAACCAAAUAUGGAACAAUGUAAGCAUUUUUCAGGAUAAAAAGUUACUACUUAAAUAGCAAGUAAUUGGGCAGCAGCAUCCAUUCAAAUUAAAGAAUAGCAACAAUAUGACGUGAGCUGGCAGAAGUGAAACCAACUGAGGAGACACAAUAAACUCAUAUUUGUAAAAAAGAUGAAAGAAUGACAUAAAAAGCAGGUGAACUAAAUAGAAAGGACACAAACAAACGCUUUAUUUCAUUUACUGGGGGAUUGCAAAUAAGACGCUAUGAAGAAGUAUAAUUAUGAGAAUGAGUGCACUGUAGCGAGAAUGUCGUCUAUAUUAUAAAAGUAUAUUUUUUUAAGGAACGGAGUGAACGGUGAAAAAAAGGAAAUGUUGAACAAUAUGGGAAAUAUUUGUUAGAGAAGAGGGGGUUAAUAUUCGUCAGACUGAUAUUGUAAAGAAACUAACAACUACUGUAAAAAAAAUGGUUAUGCGAAGUCGACACUUGCGUGUGACACCUGGUAGCUAUUGGAAGAAAGAGGUAGUAGUAGAAACAUAAAGUUAAACGAAUUAAAAAUCCGAAAUAUUAGAAGAGUUUAUCUGUUUCUGAAAGAUGUGAAUACAAGAAAGAUUAUUAACACAGUAUAAGAAAUCAGCUUGAUGAACAUAGACGCAAAUAUGAAGUUGUGUUUAGGAACACAGAAGACGGACAGAAAACGCAUAUAUCACGCUAUAGACUAUAGACUAGUAAACAGCUAGAGUUAAGUUUAUACAGGAAGCAGACAGAAGCAUAGGAAAACAAUGUGCGCAUCAAUAAUUUUCUGAAGCAUUUAGCACGCGCAACACAAUCAUCAUAUCCGCGCGCAAACACGAUGAGGCGGACAAUGAAACUGGACUUAAGUUUAGGAACAGCUUUACUUAUUGAGUUACGUACUGGUUUUAUGUUUUCGAUAACCGUCAUCAAUACGUUAUAAGCACAAGUAACUUUAGAUUUGCAAAUUUUGACGUGAUAAUAACACUAGAGACUUAUGUGCAGCGUAUCAAACAAAAUACUCGAAUUCGAAUAUGCCCGUUAGAGUUUGGUGUCAUGCACGAGCAGGUUGGAGAUAUGUACAACUCUGAGCACGUCCAUAUUUAGUUAGUUGUAGUUGGUGUGCCACGCAGUCGUCCAGGGCAAAUGUAAUUAAAAAAACGCGAAUUAUGAUUGUGGUAAAUUCUUUAUGUUUGUGUAGAAUGCAAUCGGUUCAAAGUUUGAGUACUACUAAAUGAUUUACCAGAACAUUGGCGACAUUGAAGCAAUAUUCGUGUGUAAGAGGUGCAAUGAUGAUAUAAUUAGAAUUGGAAUUACUAUUUUAACUGAGCUCGACUAUUGGAUAGAAUCAAUUAGGUAUGUUUUUUUUGACUAACUCGGACAAAUUCGCAUCAUGCGAUGAGUUUACUCAGUUGAUUUCAGUCCACCCAUAUUGCCAAAUAUUUCUCAAUAAUUUACGGUAUUGCGUACACUUUGUGAAUGAUACUGUUAAGGCAUCAACUCGAGGGAAAUAACAAAGCUUUCAAAGCUUUUAUCAUUACUUAUUUGAUUACCUGUCGUUAAACCUAUGUCUAGCGUAUUGGACGGCUCGUCGGUGUUUGGUAAAAUUCCUCUAUAGUUUACAGUUUCACUUCACUGAAAACGUCAUGGUCACAUGUCACAAGCGUUCCGAUAUAGACGAUUUAUUAGUUUCAACUAUACGGGGGCCUUCCUUUUGUCUAGCGGUAAGUUGCGCGGCUACAAAGCAAGACCAUGAUGAGGGUGGCUGGGUUCGAUUCCCGGUGCCGGUCUAGACAAUUUUCGGAUUGUCUCGACUAUACAUGAAUCUUUGAAAAAUUUUGGACCCAUUGGCCACGUCUGGAAGUGUUCCUGGGAACCUGGUUCCCUCCGGGGAUCGGACAAAUUUCGAUUAGCACCGCAACCCAUCUUGCAACACGUCAAACUUCCCACGGGCGCUACUGCGUCCACAAAUAAGCUAAAACUAAAACUAAAAAAUGACCCGUUUUUGACUGCACUUGACCCAGAACUCCCCCUUAAUAAAUCUGCCCUAUGGCGUACCAAAAAAAUAGACAUGAUGACUCUUCUUCCCUGGAAAUUUCAUGGCAAUCGGACGAAAAAUGAGUCCACACGGGUUAUUUCAAUUUUGAUUUCUAGGUCAGACCGAAACGGGUUAAGUAGCCUAACAUGUAGUUUUCCAAAAUUCUUACCCUAUGUAUUCAAAAGUUUUUGUAUACACAUCACUGUUAACAUUUUAAACUUCUUAUCUUCAUCAUGUUGAAGUGCAGUGCUUUCAUGCACUGCAGCUCCCACUACUGCAGCUAUGUUAACAUCAACGAUGAAGCCAAAUCGGGUUAAAUAUUUAAAAAAAACGAAUGAAACAUCAAAAACGAAACACACAUGUCUAAGGUUAAAAGACUAUUAUUCUUCCAUUUACUUCCACUAUUAACCUAUUAAGUUAAUAGUGGAAGUAAAUGGAAGAAUAAUAGUCUUUUAACCUUGUAGCAUUUCCCCUAAGACGCUCUAAAAUAAUUAAUCACACAUGUCUAAUUUAAAUUCAUUUUUAGCUUGAAUAAUACGUACAGAAUAUUACACCUCUUACCAUGUUUAUCCUGCCAAAUGCUAAAAUUUUUAAAUCAAACCUUGCACAUCAAUGCUCCAAAUUUUCGCCAAAAAAUAUCAUAUAGGUUUGUCAUUGUUAUAUCAAUUAUUACGUAUGAGAAAUCCGCAACGAAUGACAUUAUUUUAUUUCUGCCCUGUUCGAAUUACGUAUCAGCAAUAUCACCCCCGUAUGUGUCAAUAUUAUCAUUAACUGAUAAGUUCUCACUUAGAAAUUAGAUCAGGUAGAUCAGGAUAGGGGAAGAGUAUGAACUAAAAUAUAUUCAAUAUACAAAACAAAAAUUUACGUAGACGAGGUAGCAACAAGAGCAGCAAUUCACUUUAAGUAAAUGGGCGAAAACAAAAAACAAUUGAGUGGGAUUUUAGUUUUAGAUAUGCCGAAUACACAUACAUGAGUAAAUUUUAUAUUGUGCGUAGUUUGUGGAUGUUUAUCAUAUUAUUUCUGUAUAAAACUUUUGGUUGCAAAAAGCAAACAAAUGUGCUCAUUCGGACGGAACCGAACGCGCAAAAAAAAAUGCUCUGCUCCUAAGUAGACUGUUAUUUACGUCCCCUUAGGUUCUACAUUCAAAGCAGCAUAUUCUGUUUUUAACACUAUUGUUAACUAGCACAGCUAUGAAUCGAAUCAAACGAAACACUAUCGAGGCCAUACAGUUUUUAAAACAGGACACAUUAUUUUAAAACUUUCAUUCAACUUACGUUAAUGAUAUUGUUAAUGUUUAAACGAAGAAUCAAUGGUUUUAUUUUUAGUCAUCAUCACAAAGAACCCACAUUACAGCACUUUUACCAUUAAAUAUACUUUAAUCCAGAAGGUAUUAAGUUUAAUCAUUCCAUCCGAAGCCGGGACAUAUAAUUUUGAAAACUGUCCCUGGUUUCAAGUCGCACCAAAACAGAAUUUUCAUCUGUGUUGUGUUUAUGUUUAUGCUUGCCAAAUGGUUACUCACGAUACCACCCGUUUUUGUUCGCUUAGUUCUGAUGUUAUACACAAGUCUAAAAGCAAGCAAACCAAUAAAGAACGCCAAUCCGAACGAAAAGUUGCAAAGUUCCCAUGUAUAAAUGACCUAAAUACCAACACCCGCUCCCUUGCAAAAGUUACUCAUUGUUGGUAACCGUAGAAAUUGUUAAAGCCAUAUAUUACAAAACAAAAACCCAAGAAAGUUGAACAAUUUACGCAUUAUUUCUGUUGAACUUGAGUCCACCAAGUUAUAGAAGGAGAGAUGUUAUUUUUUCUUAACAACCAAACACACGUAUUUUUGUAUCGAAAGUCUCCGAACGAAAAAGAGCAUAUAGAAACUUUGUGCGAGUUUGAAACUUAAAUAAUUACCUUGAGUUGUUCAAUACCAACACCUAAAACGUAAGGAAGAGUUUGUACGAGAAAGAGCGACGAAUAUGUUAGUGAGAAAAAAUGGGUUCAAACAUUGUGUAUUAUCAGUUACGUAUCGGGUGAGGAAACAUUAGCUCUAGAAUUUUGAUUAUCAAUCAUCGGAUAUUUGGGUUCAGAGGAUGAAAUAUAUAAUGCAAUGGAGAAAUUGAGAGGCAGACAUUGUAAAACAUUAUUUAGGUUAUAAUGAAGUAAAAUAACGAAAUAAAAGCGCA